UGUUAAACACUCCUCCCAGUUUGGUACAGGAUAGUACAAUCCUCCUUGUUUAUGUGUAUACGAUGGGUUCUGUUUUUCAGUUUUGUAGAUAAGGCCAUUGUUUCAUGAUUACGUUUUUGUUUUCUAUUUCUAAUUAUAUGCCGAAAACAACUCACGACUAUAGCUAGUUGUUGCAGCCAGAUUAAAGUUCUUAACAGAGGAAUUGCUUUGAGGAUAAAAAAACGUGGAUGGUUGUAGUAUUCGGAUGCAUUGGAGAAAAACCAUUAAUUCUGUAGCAUUAUCAGGCCAUUUGGAGAUGACGUCUCAGUUUCUUUACAAGGGACAGGUGUGAUCUAAGCGCACAUCUGUCGCGUCAGUGUUUUACAUUUUUUAUUUGCAAAUUAAAAGUCGGUGCUAAGACAAUCACGCAACUUGUUCACAUACUUAAGGUGGACUGACAAUGGUGGCGGAGAUGACGAGUUUUGGGUCCUCUAAAUGUUUCGAAGAGAGUGACAGGGACAUUUCACCACCAGAUCAGAAAGGAAAUGUGGCUGAAAACGAAAGCAGCAGCAGCUCAGAAAACACAGAGGCCUCCACAGAGGAAAGCUCGGAGGAUGAGUGCUCAGACGGGGAUGCCGCCGAGGAUGACAAAGAGGAAGAGAAAGAAAACUCUGAUGUUGGAGGUUUUGGACAUGACCAGGAUCCUGUUCCGGAAACCAGCACAGAGGGGCCGGGUCCAGACGGGACAGAAGCCAGUCCCCCACUCUGCUGCGAGAAAUGCCAGCUCGUUCAGGACCGGGGGUUCGAGCGCGUAACUCCGAGGAGAAUCUCGCGCGGCAGACUGCUGGCGCUGCUGGACGGCGAGGGCACGUACGAGUGCUCCGUCACCGGCCUGGUGUUUGAGGUUACCCAGAAGGCCCAGGUACGCUACUCCGUCCUGUCCUGGAGCAAGUUUGGGGCGUACCUGAAGGACUCCUGGAAGUUUGCUGGCCCCAUCUUCGACGUGGACUGUGACCCGUCCAUCCUAACGUCCAUCCAGUUCCCCCAUUCGCUGUGCCUGGCCGGCCAGGACGGCGAGGUGACCUUCAGCGUGCUGCACGUGAAGAGUGGGCGGGGCCUGGUGGAGCCGUCGGCGGAUCACUCGGGUAACCGCGUGAGGUGGCGGGUGACGUCGCUGUCGCCGGUGGGGCCCAUAGUGCGCACGCCGCAGCCCGCGGAGCACCACGGCGUGGUGCUGGUGUACCGCGAGCUGGGCACCCGCGCCGCCGCCUCCUCCUUCCACAUCUACAUGGCGGCCAACAACUCCUCCGACAUCAAGGACAUCCAAAAGGAGGUGCGCAUUGCCAAGAAGAGGUUUGUGAAGAUGGACAAACCCGCCACCUGCCUUCUGGAGGAGCAGAAGAAGUACAAGCUGAUCAGUGAGCCUGAGGGAGAGAUCAACCCGGAGAACCUGAAGUUCACCCAGGCCGUGUUGAAGAUGAAGAGCUACUUCGAGGUCUUCCUGGAGCAGCCGCCUCCCUUCAAGCUGUCGCUGGUGGAGGUGGAGUCGGACCAGACCGUGUGGAGCGCCACGCUCCGAGAGGGUGACUUUGUGGAUAACGCCACUGAAAAACCAAGGAAAAGAGCCGAAAGCCGAAAGAGGAGCUGCAGCACUUCAGAGGAAGAUGUGGUGAUCAGUAAGAGAGCCAGACACGGAGACGUCCCAGACGGAGUGAUGAAGACUCCGGGCCUGACGGACCAGCAGCUGAUGAUGGUGGCCACGCGGAUGGGGAAGGAGUGGAAGCAGCUGGGCAUCCUGUACCUGGGCAUGAGCAUGCAGGACAUCGAGGAGAUCCAGGCCGCCGAUGACGACCUGGCCGUGGUCAAGUUUAAGAUGCUGGACCGCUGGAGGCGAAGGGCCAAGGGCGGGGCCAGCAUCUCGCUGCUCUGCAGCAGUCUGAGCCACGACGACGUGCCCAACGAGCUGCGCGACCUGCUGGAAGAUAUGCUGUCUAAUCCCCCAGCAAAGUGAGCUCUCUAUGGGACGCUGUGCCCUGGGGGGCAGAGCUAGAGACGCUGCCCCCUGGGGGCGGAGCUAGAGACACUGCACCCUGGGGGCGGAGCUAGAGACGCUGUGCCCUGGGGGUGGAGCUAGAGAUGCUGCACCCUGGGGGUGGAGCUAGAGACACUGCGCCCUGGGGGCGGAGCUAGAGAUGCUGCACCCUGGGGGUGGAGCUAGAGACACUGCACCCUGGGGGCGGAGCUAGAGACACUGCGCCCUGGGGGCGGAGCUAGAGAUGCUGCGCCCUGGGGGCGGAGCUAGAGACACUGCACCCUGGGGGCGGGGCUAGAGACGCUGCACCCUGGGGGCGGAGCUAGAGACGGGUCACCAAACCGGCCCGGGUGCUUUGGAGGUCUGGAACACGUCCUCUCUCUGCCGUCCAGCCAUCCGUGGCCCUAUCGCACCACUUCAUUUCACUGUGCAUUUGUUUUCUACACCGGGGUCAGAGGUCAAACACGUGGCUCGGCCGUCCAGUUUGGUUUUCCUCAUCCUUAUGGCAGCCCUUGUUCUCCUCAGAUUUAUAUAAUUUAUAUAAACUCCAUUACCCAUGACCCUUAGGGUCAGGACAGUCAGCCCUAUGACAUGGGCCCUUAAAGCAAACGGUGCUGCCAUUCUGCAUGGCUAAAGAACUAUAAAAUCAUGCUUGAAACAUAAGGAUAUGUUUUCAUUUUAAGUUUUGUUUUUUAUUUUGAGAUGAACCACUUAAUUAAAAAGACAUUUCCACUACCACGUAGAUAUGUACUGAUGCAAUCAAGAGACCAACUUUGCUUUUCCUUACAAGCUGUGGUUGUUAAUAUGUACAGUGUAUCUGUAUACGUGUUUAUAUAUUACGUGUAUAUGUGUUUAUAUAUUUCUGUUUGUUUUGUGCCCAGGGAUAUGCUUCAGCACUUGCACAAGCAGAAUUUCAGGAAUAUUUCUUGUUUGUUUACAUGAUUUUGGCUUGAAUCCCAUUUCACUUUUACAUUCCAGUGUGUGUGGAGCUCUGUGUGUGUUUCGUACUGCUAAGAACAGUAGACUGACCUGCCUGGAGAGAACAGCGUGAGCCUUUUGUAGGGAUACUCAAGACUUGUGUUCUCAAGUAGCCUGUGCUUUACCGUGUGAGGCAACUGGUAGCAAAAGUACAUUUUGUUUGAUUUUUUUUGUUUACUGAAGAAAGAAAAAUCUUUUUUUUUUUUUUUUUUUUUAAAGUGAGCUUUAUUAUAAUGUGCAAGAAAAGAAAAAUCGAGCUGUAACUGCUGCCUGUUCUGGGGUUCAGCCUGGUGCCCUUCACACGUUUGGGGACCUUCGCACCUGUGGGGACUUUGCCACCUGUGUGGACCUUCACACCUGUGGGAACUGAAGCCAGCACAAGGUCCAGCCAGGCUGGGAUUUGAGCAUGUGACCGUCCAAUCACUGCCCUCUCCACUGCGCCAUGGUGUCAGCAGUCAUCCUUGGGAAAGGAUCAGUAUCAGGGCUUUACUCUUCUCACUGAAUAUGACAAUCUUGUGACUUAAUAAAGCAUUUUUACUAAGU